CCGUUAGGCCUCGUGGGCUUAGGGGAGGCGGCCAGUGCGCGGCGCUCACCUCCCGCUGCCGCCUAGCGCGCUGGGAAGCCUGACAGCGGAGGUGUCGCAAAAGCGUCGCGAAGCCGUCCGCCCUUGGCGGCUCCUUGCCACCUGUAUAAGCGGAGCGUGCAGGGGUUUGAAAACUGGUAUGGAAACAGCUGUGGCCGAGGUUCCCCGCGAUUGCUGGGACUCCAUGGAGAAACGGUUCUUCGGUGUCCUGGGCUGCUGAACUCUCGCCGCCUGCGUUCCCGCGGCGCAGCCAUAGGGCCAUGCUGGCCUCGCGUGUGGUGCGCGGCUGGUGGGGGGUCCUGCGCGGCGCAGCCGGGGCGUCGGGGGCGCGGCCGGGCCGGGGGCGCACCCGAGGGGCCCUGCUGCCGCCCGCGCCCUGCUGCCUGGGCUGUCUCGCGGAGCGUCGGUGGCUGCGCCCGGCCGCGCUCGGUCUACGGCUGCGUGGGGCCGGCCCGCGGAACCACUGCUCGGGCGCGGGGAAGGCGGCCCCCGGGCCGGCUGCCGGACGGGGCGCCGCCGCCGAGGUCCCCGGCGGCCAGUGGAGCCCGGCGACUGCGGCCAGCCUGUAUGAAAACCCAUGGACAAUCCCAAAUAUGUUGUCAUUGACAAGAAUUGGCUUGGCCCCAGUUCUGGGCUAUUUGAUUAUUGAAGAAGAUUUUAAUAUUGCACUAGGAGUUUUUGCCUUAGCUGGGCUAACUGAUUUGUUGGAUGGAUUUAUUGCUCGAAACUGGGCCAAUCAAAAAUCAGCUUUGGGAAGUGCUCUUGAUCCACUUGCUGAUAAAAUACUUAUCAGUAUCUUAUAUGUUAGCUUGACCUAUGCAGAUCUUAUUCCAGUUCCACUUACUUAUAUGAUAAUUUCAAGAGAUGUAAUGUUGAUUGCUGCUGUUUUUUAUGUCAGAUAUCGAACUCUUCCAACACCGAGAACACUUUCUAAGUAUUUCAACCCUUGCUAUGCAACUGCUAGGUUAAAACCAACAUUCAUCAGCAAGGUAAACACAGCAGUCCAGUUAAUCUUGGUGGCAGCUUCUUUGGCAGCUCCAGUUUUCAAUUAUGCUGAUAGCAUUUAUCUUCAGAUGCUGUGGUGUUUUACAGCUUUCACCACAGCUGCAUCAGCGUACAGUUAUUACCAUUAUGGUCGGAAAACUGUUCAGGUGAUAAAAGGCUGAUGAAAGUCAUCCCAUCACCAUUAGCAAGGAAGCAAUAUACGUCAUUGGCAGCAGGUCCCGUGGAAAUCCACAGGAGUUUCCCAGUUUGGGUGUUCAGCUUGAAAAAGGACCUGUCAAAACAAACCAUGUCAUCAAAAUUUAAGUAAUGUGCUUUGAAAAUAAGCUUGAUCAUGGGCAUAUGCAGAAUUUCCAAUGUAUUUUUAAAUACGAAUACAACUAAAAUUUAGAAUUUGUAAUCUUAGGUUUCUUGAUUAAUUUAUGAGAGAUCAAUUAUUCUAAUUAUUGUCAGUCAAUUUUUAUAUGUUUUUUAAAAACAUACUCCAGAGUAUGGAAACUGAAGAAUUCACACACCUCUCUUUAAAUAGAAUUUACAUUGCUUGCAAAGCACUAGGGAAUUUCCUGUCUUUAAAUAUAUAUAUUCUACACAAUUUGGCUUAGCUUACAUUUUUAUGUUCGGUUUUUAAAUCUAGGUACCCAUUAACAGUUCAUGUGGUUAACACCGGCUCAUUUAGGAUAAUGAAAAUGAAGUGAGCUAGAUGAAGUAAAGUUAAGUUAUAAAGGGAUUUAAAAUGCAGUAAGUUUUGAAAAUAGUAAGAUCAAACAAAAUAGAAAGUAUGGAGUUCAUGUUCAUUAGUCUUCCAACUUCUCAGGUGCCUAAUAGUUUACGUAUGAUAACAAAUAGCAAAGGUGGUUGAACUAUGAGAACGUGUCCAUCAGCCUUUGCAUCUAAAGGCUGUGGGUACGUCAUGCCUUCCUUUGUGUUUCUAACAUGCAACGUUUGUUUGAUACUGGAACCUGUACUCAUAUGUUCUGUAAAUAAUAUGAAGCUGUAUAUUUUUCAAAGUUUUUUUUAAGCUUUGGGGAAUCUUCUUUUGUUAAGAAAUUAAGGAAUAAAAGAACUGGAAAAAGAA